AGUUUGUGUUCUCUCUGUAUCAGUAGCAAGUUCUUUAAUAAAUUUGGCAACCUAUUUCAUUUAUCCAUCACCAAACUUUAAAAAGCAGCAAUAAGGCUAAGAAUCUAAAAGAUGGCUUCCGAGGCUAUGUACGAUCUCAAGUCCCUCCUUUCCUCCGAGGGGAGAGAUUUCCUCAUUCGCAACAAUGGCGAUCAGGUAAAAAUUAGUUCCUUAAGUGGAAAAAUUGUGGGAUUAUAUUUCUCAGCAGGAUGGUGCCCUCCUUGUCGUUUUUUCACUCCAAAAUUAGCAAAAGUCUACAAGGAAUUAGCUUCUGAAAAUAAUGAUUUUGAAGUUGUCUUUAUUUCUUCUGACGGAGAUGAAUACUCAUUCGAAGCUUACUUCUUAAGAAUGCCGUGGUUGUCCAUUCCAUUUGAAGAUUCAGAAACCAAAACAAAGUUGAAAUCAUUGUUUCAACUGAGUGGAAUUCCUCAUCUUGUUGUUAUUGAUGGCAAUGGGAAAGUUUCAAGUGAUGAUGGAGUGGAUUUAGUGAGAGAUUUUGGAGUUGAUGCUUAUCCUUUUACUUCUGAUAGAAAGAAGCAGCUUUUGAUUCAGAAAGAAGAGGAGGCUAAGAGAAACAACCAAACCAUUGAUUCCCUUUUGGUUUCUACUUCUCGCAAUUAUGUGGUUUCCAAUGAUGGAAAUCAGAUUCCUGUCUAUGAAUUAGAAGGGAAACUGAUUGGAUUGUAUUUCUCAAAGCAAGGCCAUGAAGAUUGUGGUAAUUUUACACCAAAAUUAAUUGAAGCUUACAACAAAUUGAAGAAGAAGGAAGAGAAUUUUGAGAUAGUGUUCAUCUCUUUAGAUGAAGAAGAAGAUGAAAAUUUAUUCAAAGAAGCAUUCAAAACAAUGCCAUGGUUGGCAUUGCCUUUUAAGGAUGAGAGAUGUCAAGAACUAAAACUUUAUUUUGAGGUUACUCAUAUUCCUGCCCUUGUUAUAAUUGGCCAAGAUGGCAAGACUUCGAACCCGAACGCAGUCGAACUAAUCAAAGGCCACGGUAUUGAUGCCUACCCUUUCACUCCCAAGAACCUUGAUGUACUUGACGAUAUUCCGAAUGCAAGGCUCGAAUCACAAUCUCCAAAACCCACCUUUUAUGAUCUGUAGGAACAAAAGAUUUUGUUGUCGAAAAAAAAUGAUGGGGUGAAAGUUUCUUGUUGCUGCCGAGAGACGAAAAGCGACAAUGGAGAAACCAAAGAGGAAAAAGAAGGAUGCAAAGGAUAAAAGAACAUAUAUCAACACAAGUAAAGGAAAUGAGAGUUUACGAGUAUACGAAUAUACAUAUUCACAAACUCUAUUAUGUUUCACUAGUUGGGUUAUGUUUAAGAAUGUUUGAAGUAAUAAGUUUUAUUUAAAAUUGUUUUAGGGUUAUGAGAAAACAUGUUUUAUGCAUGAUAAUUAAAGAUUGUUAUGAGUUUUAUACAUGAUAAAGUGAUUUUCAAUGCGUUGGAUUUUGUACU